CUGUCAUUCCCCUCCGAGUGCAUCUCUGAGAGAAACAAAGGCGAAAUGGCAACAUCAGCACGGCUUAUUGUUUGAGAAGUCAUGCUGAAAUCAUGCUGUUAUUUUUGCGACUGUGGAGGCACAGUUUACGAAAAUAACUGCACAUCUGUAUCUCAAAUGUCGCUAUUUCUGGAAUGAUAUAAAUGAGGCGGUUUUGGACAACAAGGCUUUUUUGGGGAAUGACGCGCCGGUGGAUGCUUUACCUCGAGAACUCGGAGCAGACUGGAGAAAGUUACGUUACAUAUGGGAUAUAACGUUAAUAAAUUCAUGCAUUGUAUGACAACAAACUACAAAUUGUAACAAAACUACGAGGAGUGGAGAAUUCACAGUUUAAAAGCUAAAGUCUAAUGAAGGCUGUAACCUCAUCUCUAUGCUUAGAUCAGAGGAGAUCAGGAGGAUGGAUUUUGGCAGAAGAAGAAUGUCUCCACGCUUCUCCACGAGGUGUUUCCUAUGGAGGAUUCAGGAGCUCAGGACGUACCUGUUCACUUUUAUGGUGUUUUACCUGUUAGUGUGCACUGAAGGAUCCUAUUCUAAAACCUGUGAUAAAAACUGCAUCUUUGGAAGAUGUAUCAAUGGAACUUGCGUCUGUGAACGCGGAUGGGCUGGGGAUCAAUGUCAACACUGCCAAGGGAGAUUCAAGUUGACAGAGUCAUCAGGAUCACUCACUGAUGGACCAGUUAACUACAAGUACAAGACUAAAUGCACUUGGCUGAUUCAACUCCAUCUCCAGCACCCAAAUGCUGUGCUCAGGUUAAGGUUCAACCAUUUUGCCACAGAGUGCAGUUGGGAUCACAUGUAUGUCUUUGAUGGAGACUCAAUUUACGCACCUUUGGUAGCUGUGUUUAGUGGCCUGGUUGUCCCAGAAACAAAAGGAAAUGAAACCAUUCCUGAGGUGGUGACCACAUCUGGAUACGCAUUGUUACACUUUUUCAGUGAUGCUGCCUACAAUCUUACAGGAUUCAACAUCUUUUAUUCUAGUGCCACCUGCUGGUUAUCAAUGAUAUGUCCAGAUUGCUCUUUAAAAGUUCCUUCGGCUGAGCCGUACUGGUUUCUGCCUAACGUGAAGCCUGAUGGACAGUCACUAGGCCGGGCUUCCCAUAAAGCAGUGGUUCAUGGGAAGCUGAUGUGGGUGAUUGGAGGGUUCACCUUUAACUACAACUCCUUUCAGAUGGUUAUAAACUAUAAUCUAGAGAGCAGCACAUGGGAUAUAGUUCCAAUCAAUGGUGGCCCUCUGCAGCGCUAUGGACACUCUCUGGCUCUUCACAAGGAUGAUAUCUACAUGUUUGGUGGGAAGCUGGAGUCAGGCUCCGGGAACGUAACAGAUGAACUGUGGCUGUUUGAUACACGUAGCCGGUCUUGGUCCCUCAGAACACCCAGCCCUGGGCUGCAGGUCCAACCCUUCGCUGUGGAGGGACAUACCGCUCACAUAGUGGACACCAGGAAUGGAGAACCCAUCAUGGUGGUGAUUUUUGGCUGUUCACCCAUUUACAGCUACCUCAGCCACAUCCAGGAGUACAACAUUCGCACUUACUCCUGGUCGGUGGCAGAGACGAAUGGGGCGCUAGUGCAAGGAGGAUAUGGCCACAGCAGCGUCUAUGACAGCUCCUCACAUUCCAUAUAUGUCCACGGAGGAUACAAAGCCCUUCCUGCCAACAAAUACAGCCUAGUGGAUCAUUUGUACCGCUAUCAGGUCCACACGCACACCUGGUUUAUUCUGAAGGAAAGCGGCCUGGCAAGAUUCCUCCACUCCACUGUGCUGAUCAGUGGAGUUCUGCUGGUGUUUGGGGGAAACACUCAUAAUGACACCUCGCUCAGUAAUGGGGCCAAAUGCUUCUCCUCUGACUUCCUGUCCUAUGACAUCGCAUGUGAUGAGUGGACAGUUCUUCCGAAUCCCAAUCUUCAUCGUGAUGUCAACCGUUUUGGACACACAGCAGUUGUCAGCAAUGGCUCAAUGUACGUUUUUGGUGGUUUCUCUGGUGUGAUCCUGAACGAUGUGCUUGUGUAUAAGCCUGCCAACUGUGAGGCCUUCCUCGAGGUGGAUCUUUGUCAGAGCUCUGGUCCUGGUGUUCGCUGUGUCUGGAUUGAGGAACGCUGUGUACCCUGGAACUCCAGCCAUGCUAAUGACAGUGUGCCUGCCUCUUUCUGUCCUACACGCACCUAUUCAGCUGAUAAGCAGUGUAAGCAGUUUUCAGACUGUGUUUCCUGUACGGCCAACACCAAUGACUGCCAAUGGUGCGAAGACAAGAAAUGCAUCUCUUCUUCAAGCAACUGCACUGUGCUUACAGUUGAUCUUGCCCGCCACCCUCGAGGUCCCCUGUACCUCAACCCUCCCCCUGCAAUGCUUUCUGAGCAGCAGCUCUCUAUUUGGAGACCUGGUGUGCGCAAAAACGGCCAGUCUGUGAAGAACUUUACCAAAUGCAGUGUUCGAAGUGAGCAGGUUUGCAGCAAACUGGUGAACUGCAGGAGUUGCUUGCUUAACAUCAACUGUCAGUGGGAACCACAACAGCAGGAAUGUCACGCUUUGCCUGCACACUUGUGCGGAGAGGGUUGGAGUCAGGUUGGAGAUGCAUGUCUGAGGCUGAACGCAAGUAAGGAGAGUUAUGAUAAUGCCCAGCACUACUGUAAAAACCUGGACAGCAACAUUGCCUCUCUGACCUCCGCCAGGCAGGUGGACUUCAUACUGGAUGAGCUGCAGAAGUAUCAGCUGCAGGAGAAGAAACUAACUCCCUGGGUGGGUCUAAGGAAGAUAAAUGUUUCAUACUGGGGGUGGGAGGACAUGUCUCCCUUUACUGCCAGCACGCUCCAGUGGUUACCAGGGGAGCCAAGUGACUCAGGGUUUUGUGCAUACCUGAAAAGAGCUGAGGUAGCCGGACUCAAAGCCAAACCCUGCACUGCCAACCCCGAGGGGCUGAUCUGUGAGAGUCCCUCAGUGAGCCCAAACCUUGGCGUGCUUCCAUGUAAAAUUCCCUGCGCCCUGCGAACCAGCUGCGCCAACUGCACCAGCCAGGCCAUGGAGUGCAUGUGGUGUGGCAGCACCAAGCGCUGUGUGGAUUCCAAUGCAUAUGUCAUCUCCUUCCCAUACGGCCAGUGCCUUGAGUGGCAAACUGGAGACUGUGGUGCUCAGAACUGUUCAGGUCAUCGUACAUGUGGUCAGUGCCUGGAACAUCCUGACUGUGGUUGGUGUGGAGACCCUACUGACACAGGUCAGGGUCAGUGUAUUGAGGGAUCAUACCGUGGACCAAUGAGGAGCCUGAGCAGACAGAGCCAAGAGAGGGUAUUGGACACUAGUAUCUGUUCAAGGGAAAAAGGCUAUGACUGGGCCUACAUAACCUGCCCAGCAUGCCAAUGUAACGGGCACAGUACGUGUGUUAAUGGCAGUGUAUGUGAGCAGUGCAAGAAUCUCACAACUGGGCCGCAGUGCCAGAUCUGUCUACCUGGUUACUAUGGAGACCCCACAAAUGGAGGGAAAUGCCAAGCCUGCAGAUGUAACAACCACGCCAACAUGUGCCACUCCAGCUCAGGGAAAUGCUACUGUAGCACUAAAGGGGUCAAAGGGGACCAGUGCCAGCUAUGUGACUCUGAAAAUCGCUACCUUGGCAACCCACUUAGAGGAACAUGCUACUAUAAUCUUCUGAUAGACUACCAGUUUACCUUUAGUCUGCUUCAGGAGGAUGAUCAGCAUUACACAGCCAUUAACUUCAUGGCGACUCCGGAAGAGACCAAUAAGAACCUUGAUAUGUCAAUUAAUGCGUCUAACAAUUUCAACCUCACCAUAACAUGGUCUAUUGGCUCAACAGCGGGUAUGAUCUCCGGGGAGGAAUUCCCCAUAGUGUCCAAGACUAACAUCAAAGAAUACAGAGACAGCUUCUCCUCUGAGACGUUCUCCUUCCUUGCAAAUCCCAACAUCACUUUCCAUGUUUAUGUCAGCAACUUUUCAUGGCCAAUCAAAAUACAGAUAUCCUUCUCUCAACACAGCAGCAUCAUGGACCUGGUACAGUUCUUUGUCACAUUUUUCAGCUGUUUCCUGUCCCUGCUGCUGGUUGCUGCUGUGGUUUGGAAAGUCAAACAGAUGUGCUGGGCAUCACGCAGGAGAGAGCAACUAAUGCGAGAGCACCAGCAGAUGGCCAGCCGUCCGUUUGCGUAUGUUACAGUGGCACUUGAGGCUCCAGAGGAAGAGGAGGAGCUUCUGCAGGGCCAGGUGGAGGCUGGUCCCUUAGCUGUGGAGCCAUGCUCUGGGAAUUGUGCUGCUGUGCAAACAUUGCUGAUGAGUCUUCCACGGUCAUCCUCUGGAGCACCUCCCCCCGGCCAGUGUGGUGAGAACUCACAUUUCAACAUUCACGUAACAUCUUAG